AGUUAGACAAGCCGAGGCGAGCUCUGAAGCUCUGCGGCUAAGAACUUAUUAUUUCUUCGGACGCUACUGAAGAUGGCGGGCAGUCUGACUCUCUUCGCGGUUCUUCUCCUCCUGGGACAUUCAGCAUCAGCGAACACGUGUGCUGGUAGCACCACCAACAUUGCCCUGAACCGCCCUGCGACCCAGUCGAGUACUGCAUACGAAGGAGCCCCAGGUCGCGCUGUGGAUGGGAACACUAGUCCCGCCUACUCAAGUAACUCCUGCACCCACACGAGAAACACUCGCAACCCAUGGUGGCGAGUCGACCUGGGCAGCAGUCUGUGUGUGGAUCGGGUGGUCGUCACCAACCGGAAAGACUGCUGCUCGGAUAGGCUGGAAGGCUUCACGGUUUACGUGGGCGACAACCCCGACGUGACGGCCAACCCUACCUGUGGGGGAGCGCAGUCCGUCGGAGGCAAGGGCACCAUCACGGUAGACUGCGGCAGACGGACCGGCCGAUAUGUGGGCAUAGCUCUGAAAGGCUCCGGAAAAAUCCUCACACUCUGUGAGGUGCAGGUCUUUGGAGGAACUCCACCACCUAAACCGAAACUUGGACAAUGUGCUGCAAGCACCACCAACAUUGCCCUGAACCGCCCUGCGACCCAGUCGAGUACUGCAUACGAAGGAGCCCCAGGUCGCGCUGUGGAUGGGAACACUAGUCCCGCCUACUCAAGUAACUCCUGCACCCACACGAGAAACACUCGCAACCCAUGGUGGCGAGUCGACCUGGGCAGCAGUCUGUGUGUGGAUCGGGUGGUCGUCACCAACCGGAAAGACUGCUGCUCGGAUAGGCUGGAAGGCUUCACGGUUUACGUGGGCGACAACCCCGACGUGACGGCCAACCCUACCUGUGGGGGAGCGCAGUCCGUCGGAGGCAAGGGCACCAUCACGGUGGACUGUGGCAGACGGACCGGCCGAUAUGUGGGCAUAGCUCUGAAAGGCUCCGGAAAAAUCCUCACACUCUGUGAGGUGCAGGUCUUUGGAGGAACUCCGCCACCUGCAGUCAGCAAGGCACCGUCGACAGGUUCCUCACCAGCAUGGCUGCGGCGGGACCCGUCCUGGGUUGUCGACUCCGCCGGCACACCGUGGCAGAAUGGAGGAGUCACGUACGACGCCGCCAAAGCCUUGGAUGGGAACAUGAAUACCUACUGGAACCCCCAGAAACUGAGGAGGAGAUUCAACAACUGGUACAUCGUGCUGGAUCUCAAGGCGCCCUACACUCUCUCAAAAAUCGGGAUAAACAACUUCGGAGACACCGCACACGACGUUAAAGCCUUCAAGCUGCAAAAGUCGCAGAGUGGGAGUCCGUACAACUGGGAGGACGUCAAGUCCGUCGGUAACGUGCAGAAAGCGACAAGGGAGCGUCAGGAGUUCGGCGGGUUCCAGGGAACAGCGCGGUAUUGGAGGUUCGUCAUCACAAGGACCUACAGGGGCUGGCAGCCAUGGCUGAGAGAACUGAACUUGUACGGAAGCAGAGCAGAAACUCCACCACCUAAAGUCAAGGCACCACCAAAACUCGGACAAUGUGCUGCAAGCACCACCAACAUUGCCCUGAACCGCCCUGCGACCCAGUCGAGUACUGCAUACGAAGGAGCCCCAGGUCGCGCUGUGGACGGAAACGAUAGUCCCGUCUAUUCAAGUAACUCCUGCACCCACACGGCAAGGGAGGCCAACCCAUGGUGGCGAGUCGACCUGGGCAGCAGUCUGUGUGUGGAUCGGGUGGUCGUCACCAACCGGAAAGACUGCUGCUCGAAUAGGCUGAACCGCUUCACGGUUUACGUGGGCGACAACCCCGACGUGCUGAAAAACCCUACCUGUGGGGGAGCGCAGCGCGUCAGAGGCAAGGGCGCCAUCACGGUGAACUGUGGCAGACUGACCGGCCGAUAUGUGGGCAUAGCUCUGGCAGGCAAAAGAAGAGUACUUACCCUGUGUGAGGUGCAGGUCUUUGGAGGUCUGCCAGCACCAAAGUCCGCACUGACAGUCUACCUGCAACUGCUAUUCCCCGCAUGUACCAAGAUGAUAAUUCAAUCAUACCAUCUGCAGGACCCGUCCUGGGUUGUGGACUCCGCCGGCACACCGUGGAAGAAUGAAGGAAAGACAUACGAUGCCGCCAAAGCCUUGGAUGGAGACACCACUACCUACUGGAACCCACAGAAAACGAGGAGGAGAUUCAACAACUGGUACAUCGUGCUGGAUCUCAAGGCGCCCUACACUCUCUCAAAAAUCGCGAUCAACAACUUCGGAGACACCGUACACGACGUUAAAGCCUUCAAGCUGCAAAAGUCGGAAACUGGGAGUCCGUACAAAUGGAGGAACGUCAAGUACGUCGGUAACGUGCAGGGAGGGGCAAGCGAGCGCCAGGAGUUCGGCGGGUUCCAGGGAACAGCGCGGUACUGGAGGUUCAUCGUCAGAAGGACCCACAAGGGCUGGCAGCCAUGGCUGAGAGAACUGGCCUUGUACGGAACCAGAGCAGGUGAGACAACAGCCCAAAGUGCCGGACUGACUGGUAGCGGAACCUCACCACCCAAGCAACAGGCGAAGCAAGGACAAUGUGCUGGAAGCAAAAACAACAUUGCCCUGAACCGCCCGGCGACCCAGUCUACUACUGCCUUCAAAGGAGAUCCCGGACGGGCUGUAGACGGAGACCGUACUCCCUUCUAUGGCAAAAAGUCUUGUACUCACACGGCAAUGCAGCGCGAUCCAUGGUGGCGAGUCGACCUGGGCAGCAGUCAGUGUGUGGAUAGGGUGGUUGUCGUCAAGCGAAAGAGCAUCGGCGAAAUGUGGCUGGAAGGAUUCCAGGUUUACGUGGGCGACAACCCGAACGUGGUGGAAAACCCUACCUGUGGCGGAAAGCAGUCUGUUGCUGGGAAAGACGUCAUCACGGUGGACUGUGACGGACAGACGGGCCGAUAUGUGGGGAUAGCUCUGCCGGACAAGAAACAGUUCCUCAUCCUGUGUGAGGUGGAGGUGUAUGGAGGAAUAUGGCCACCUAAAGUCAGCAAGCCAACGCCGAAAUUUGGCCAAUGUGCUGGAGGCCAAACCAACCUGGCCCUGAACCGCCCGGCGACCCAGUCUACUACUGACUUCAAAGGAGAUCCCGGACGGGCUGUAGACGGGGACCGCACCCCCUUCUAUGCCAAAAAGUCUUGUACUCACACCAAAAUGCAGCGGGAUCCAUGGUGGCGAGUCGACCUGGGCAGCAGUCAGUGUGUGGAUCGGGUGGUCGUCUACAAGCGAAUGCACAUCGGCGAAAUGUGGCUGGAAGGCUUCCAGGUUUACGUGGGUGACAACCCGAACGUGGUGGAAAACCCUACCUGUGGCGGAAAGCAAUCUGUUGCAGGAAAAGAAGCAAUCACGGUGAACUGUGCCGGACUGACUGGCCGAUAUGUGGGGAUAGCUCUGCCGGACAAGAGACAAUUCCUCAUCCUGUGUGAGGUGGAGGUGUAUGGAGGUGUGGCAGCACCAAAGGCCGGACUGACAGCUGCAUGGCUGCGGCGGGACCCGUCCUGGGUUGUGGACUCCGCCGGCACACCGUGGCAGAAUGGAGGAAAGACCUAUGAUGCCGCCAAAGCCUUGGAUGGCGACACCACCACCUAUUGGAACCCCCAGAAAUUGAGGAGGAGAUUCAACAACUGGUACAUCGUGCUGGACCUCAAGGCGCCCUACACUCUCUCAAAAAUCGGGAUAACCAACUUCGGAGACACCGCACACGACAUUAAAGCCUUCAAGCUGCAAAAAGUCGCAAACUGGAGUCCGUACAACUGGGAGGACGUCAAGUCCGUCGUAAACGUGCAGAAAGCGACAAGGGAGCGUCAGGAGUUCGGCGGGUUCCAGGGAACAGCGCGGUAUUGGAGGUUCGUCAUCACAAGGACCUACAGGGGCUGGCAGCCAUGGCUGAGAGAACUGAACUUGUACGGAAGUAGUGCGUCAGCACCUAAAGUCAGCAAGCCAACGCCGAAAUAUGGCCAAUGCGCUGGAGGCCAAACCAACCUGGCCCUGAACCGCCCGGCGACCCAGUCUAGUAUUGACUUUAAAGGAGAUCCCGGACGGGCUGUAGACGGGGACCGCACCCCCUUCUAUGCCAAAAAGUCUUGUACUCACACCAAAAUGCAGCGGGAUCCAUGGUGGCGAGUCGACCUGGGCAGCAGUCAGUGUGUGGAUCGGGUGGUCGUCUACAAGCGAAUGCACAUCGGCGAAAUGUGGCUGGAAGGAUUCCAGGUUUACAUAGGCGACAACCCGAACGUGGUGGAAAACCCUACCUGUGGCGGAAAGCAGUCUGUUGCUGGGAAAGAAGCCAUCACGGUGGACUGUGACGGACUGACUGGCCGAUAUGUGGGGAUAGCUCUGCCGGACAAGAAACAAUUCCUCAUUCUGUGUGAGGUGGAGGUGUAUGGAGGAGCAUCAGCACCUAAAAUCAGCAAGCCAACACCGAAAUAUGGCCAAUGUGCUGGAGGCCAAACCAACCUGGCCCUGAACCGCCCGGCGACCCAGUCUACUACUGACUUUAAAGGAGAUCCCGGACGGGCUGUAGACGGGGACCGCACCCCCUUCUAUGCCAAAAAGUCUUGUACUCACACCAAAAUGCAGCGGGAUCCAUGGUGGCGAGUCGACCUGGGCAGCAGUCAGUGUGUGGAUCGGGUGGUCGUCUACAAGCGAAUGCACAUCGGCGAAAUGUGGCUGGAAGGAUUCCAGGUUUAUGUGGGUGACAACCCGAACGUGGUGGAAAACCCUACCUGUGGCGGAAAGCAGUCUGUUGCUGGGAAAGAAGCCAUCACGGUGGACUGUGCCGGACUGACGGGCCGAUAUGUGGGGAUAGCUCUGCCGGACAAGAAACAGUUCCUCAUCCUGUGUGAGGUGGAGGUGUAUGGAGGAGCGUCAGCACCUAAAGUCGCCAAGCCAACACCGAAAUUUGGCCAAUGUGCUGGAGGCCAAACCAACCUGGCCCUGAACCGCCCGGCGACCCAGUCUACUACUGACUUUAAAGGAGAUCCCGGACGGGCUGUAGACGGGGACCGCACCCCCUUCUAUGCCAAAAAGUCUUGUACUCACACCAAAAUGCAGCGGGAUCCAUGGUGGCGAGUCGACCUGGGCAGCAGUCAGUGUGUGGAUCGGGUGGUCGUCUACAAGCGAAUGCACAUCGGCGAAAUGUGGCUGGAAGGAUUCCAGGUUUAUGUGGGUGACAACCCGAACGUGGUGGAAAACCCUACCUGUGGCGGAAAACAGUCUGUUGCUGGGAAAGAAGCCAUCACGGUGGACUGUGACGGACUGACGGGCCGAUAUGUGGGGAUAGCUCUGCCGGACAAGAAACAAUUCCUCAUUCUGUGUGAGGUGGAGGUGUAUGGAGGAGCAUCAGCACCUAAAAUCAGCAAGCCAACGCCGAAAUAUGGCCAAUGUGCUGGAGGCCAAACCAACCUGGCCCUGAACCGCCCGGCGACCCAGUCUAGUGUUGACUUUAAAGGAGAUCCCGGACGGGCUGUAGACGGGGACCGCACCCCCUUCUAUGCCAAAAAGUCUUGUACUCACACCAAAAUGCAGCGGGAUCCAUGGUGGCGAGUCGACCUGGGCAGCAGUCAGUGUGUGGAUCGGGUGGUCGUCUACAAGCGAAUGCACAUCGGCGAAAUGUGGCUGGAAGGAUUCCAGGUUUACAUUGGUGACAACCCGAACGUGGUGGAAAACCCUACCUGUGGCGGAAAACAGUCUGUUGCUGGGAAAGAAGCCAUCACGGUGGACUGUGACGGACUGACGGGCCGAUAUGUGGGGAUAGCUCUGCCGGACAAGAAACAGUUCCUCAUUCUGUGUGAGGUGGAGGUGUAUGGAGGUGUGGCAGGUGCAGUGAAAGCUCAAAGCGCCUCUCAGACAAGCUCUGGUCUGAAACUAGCACCGCCUAAACCGAAAGACAACUGCGCAGCGAAGCCGUGUAAGAAUGGAGCGAAGUGUGAAAGCAAGGCGGACGGUUUCACCUGUGUCUGUCCCAAGGGAUUUGCAGGGAACUUGUGCGAAACCAACGUGGAUGACUGCGCUGCCAAGCCUUGUAAGAAUGGAGGAAAGUGCGAAGACAAAGUGGAUGGCUUUACCUGUGUCUGUCCCAAAGGAUAUGCAGGAAACUUGUGUGAAACCAAUGUAGAUGACUGUGCGGCGAAGCCUUGUAAGAAUGGAGGAAAGUGCCAAGACAAGGUGGACGGUUUCACCUGUGUCUGUCCCAAAGGAUUUGCAGGCAACCUGUGCGAAACCAAUGUCGAUGACUGCGCCGCGAAGCCUUGUAAGAAUGGAGGAAAGUGCGAAGACAAGGUGGACGGUUUCACCUGUGUCUGUCCUAAAGGAUAUGCAGGCAACCUAUGCGAAACCAAUGUCGACGACUGUGCGGCGAAGCCUUGUAAGAAUGGAGGAAAGUGCGAAGAUAAGGUGGACGGUUUCACAUGUGUCUGUCCCAAAGGAUUUGCAGGCAACCUGUGCGAAACCAACAUCGACGACUGCGCCGCGAAGCCUUGUAAGAAUGGAGGAAAGUGCGAAGACAAAGUUGACGGUUUUACAUGUGUCUGUCCUAAAGGAUAUUCCGGGGACCUAUGCGAGACCGAUAUAGACAACUGCACCCCCAACCCUUGUAAGAAUGGUGGGACAUGUAAGGACCUGGUCAACGCUUUCCUGUGCAGCUGCCCCAAGGGAUAUGGAGGAAACUACUGCGAGAUAGCUGCCGCGGGCCCGCCUGCACCCCAGGCGCCGAAGCCGAAGGCUGUGGAGGCGGCCGGCCAGCCGGCACCGGGUCACGGCGUCGUCAUCACUAUCGGCGGGGGCGGUUCGGGUGGAAGCUCUGGAACGGCCGGACAAGGCGCUGUCAAUGUCAUCAACAACCAGAUCUCCGUGUACAGCAGCGGCGGCGGUGGAUGUGGCUGCAAAACGACUAACUGUGCCUGCCCAGUCAAGAAGGGAGUAGUAAAGAAGGAAACAGACCCGUCCACUGCAGACUCUGCAAGUCCGAAUGACCUGACUGAGAUAGUGAAGCAGCGCCUGCGCGGAUCCGUGGACCAUAGUGAGGAUAGCCCCUCCAACUUAAAGGAGCUGGACACUGUGGAUGUCUUUGAAGACGGGGUCCUCCUUAAGCCAGAAGCCCGCGAAUCGCAAGAUAACAUCGAGGAUCAGCCAGCUGACGACAUGACUAUUUCUGAUGACGACACCGCAGUUUCUGAUGACGACACGGCAGCCCAGGCUGCGGAAGAGUUCGAGGCGGUGAACAGUAAGCUGAACGCACUGCGUGAGCUCCUGAACCUAGCUCAGGAGUGACGCCUAGCGACAUAAUGCAGUACUGCAGAUCUGAACUUAGUCCAUCAUAAUCUUCAAGCAUAUCUUUUGGUGACAAAAUCGUAACCAAGACAUCAUCAAAUUGGCUAGACAAUAUAUCAUUGGCCACAGUAGAGGAUUGUAUUACAAUGUUUUAAUACCAUAUUAUCUGGCCAAUUUGCUAGAUCUGCUUGAAAAUGAAAUUGGUGAACAAGAAAAGUAAUUUGUCUAAUUAAAAUUAUUGAGGGAAAAUCUAACAGAGGUUUAAUGUUGGAGUAAUAUUUCUAUAAUUGACAUGUUGUGUUUAUACGUUUUAUUCCCCUAAAGAAUCUCUGUUUUAAAACGUAAUUUACACCAGGUUUUUGCUGCUGAUACAACACUGUGUUGAAGUGGAUAUUAUGGUGAUGGAUAUACAUUGCUAAUACAAAGGGUUGAGUGAAUGAUAACGAAGGUUUUUAAUUUUUCACAAUUCGAAGUUGUGCAUUUAUGUCUACGAAUGAAUUAUAAGCCUCAGGAAAUAUCAACAGGGUAAAUGAAUGACUUAUCAUAAAUGGCUUACUUAU